CCCAAGUUCCAAAACUUCAGCUCCACGUCCCUAUGGAACCGGAGAUCCAGCGGCGGAACCCGAAACCUUCACCGGAGAAGGCCCCUCAUGGGCCGGACGCCGCUGCGGGCCUCCCUGUCGUCGCGGGGCCGGCGGCGGUGGGAGGCACCGCGAAGAAGCUGACCCUCAUCCCCCUCAUCUUCCUCAUCUACUUCGACGUUGCGGGUGGCCCGUACGGCGAGGAGCCGGCGGUCCAGGCGGCCGGGCCGCUGCUGGCCCUUGUCGGGUUCCUGGUUUUCCCGUUCAUCUGGAGCGUCCCGGAGGCCCUCGUGACAGCCGAGCUCUGCACGGCACUCCCCGGCAACGGGGGGUUCGUGCUGUGGGCCGAGCGGGCGUUCGGUCCCCUCUGCGGCUCCCUGAUGGGGACUUGGAAGUUCCUGAGCGGCGUCAUCAACUUGGCAUCCUUCCCGGUCUUUUGCAUAGACUACGUCGAGAAACUGUUCCCGGUCUUCGAAUCCGGGUGGCCACGGAACGUCGCGAUCCUGAUAUUUACAUUGAUGCUGUCCUUCCUGAAUUACACCGGCCUGACGAUCGUGGGCUACACCGCCGUUGUAUUGGGCAUUGUUUCUCUGAUGCCCUUCCUGGUCAUGUCUUCGAUCGCGAUCCCAAAGAUUCAGCCUCACAGGUGGCUUAGCUUGGGACAAAAGGGGGUGAAGAAAGAUUGGAACUUGUACCUCAACACCCUCUUUUGGAACCUCAACUUUUGGGAUAGUAUCAGCACUAUGGCAGGGGAAGUCGACAGGCCACCAAGGACCUUCCCUGUGGCCCUCCUUGUGGCCGUGAUCUUCACUUGCGUGGCCUACCUGAUCCCGCUCUUCGCCGUUACCGGCUCUGUCUUGGUGGACCAGAGCCAGUGGGAGAACGGGUUCAUGGCCGAUGCGGCGGAGAUCAUCGCCGGGAAGUGGCUCAAGAUAUGGCUUGAGAUUGGGGCCGUCCUGUCGGUGAUUGGGAUGUACGAGGCCCAGCUCAGCAGCAAUGCGUUCCAGCUCCUGGGCAUGGCGGAUUUGGGGAUCUUGCCGAGGGUCUUCGCGGCCAGGUCCAAAUGGUUCAACACUCCCUGGCUGGGGAUAGUGGUGACCACGGCCCUCACCCUCGGGUUCUCCUACAUGAACUUCACCUCCAUCAUAUCGUCGGCGAACUUCCUGUACAGCCUGGGGAUGCUGCUGGAGUUUGCGUCCUUCCUAUGGCUGCGGAGGAAGAUGCCAGCGCUGAAGAGGCCGUACCGGGUCCCGCUAAGCCUGCCGUGGCUGACGGUGUUGAGCCUGGUGCCGUGCGGGUUCCUGGUGGUGAUCCUGGUGUAUGCCACAAAGGUUGUGUACUUGGUGAGUGGGCUCAUGACUGUGGGUGGGAUUGGGUGGUUCUUCAUGAUGAGGUUCUGCAAGUCCAGGAAGAUACUCAAUUUCAGCGAGGGGGACAUUGGCGAGGUCCAUGAAGAGGACUGAUAAUUGAGGCAUGCCAUUAAGAAUCAUAGAAGAAAUCUGGGUACAUGGAAAAGAUUUGUCUUAUUUAGCUAUUUCUCUCCUUCCUAGGCAUGUUUCAGAUGACCAUGCCGUAAAUUUGAUGGAUCUAUCAGGAAGCAGAUCAGUUCAGGGAGGUGGUUUUUGCAAUUUAACUGCAAAAUAGAGCCACCAUCACCACUUCCUCUCUUUAGUUUUCCGGGAUCAGAGAUUUGCUUACCAUUCAAGCUGUUAGCUUGGCCUUGCCUUCCGGGUUCGGAACCGGGUCCGGUUCGCGA